GGAAAAACUAAGGUAUCUCUUCGGUUCUUGUUAAGGGUAUAAUGGAGUUGUUUGCUGGGUGCCGUGGAGCGUCCCGGUCAUUGCGCCGUUCCGUUCCAUCGGCGAUGCAGUUUUUCCUCCUUUUUUCCUGCUUUUUAGUUGCAGGUAUUUUUGCUUCGCAGAUCUCUGCGGAGCACGGCGAAACAGAGACGUAUAGCGAGCUACGCAGCAAGGGAAAUGAUCCUACUGAGCAAGUACAGGGCGAGGAGUACGACCCCAUUGAGCAGGUACAGGGCGAGGAGUACGACCCCAUUGAGCAGGUACAGGGCGAGGAGUACGACCCCAUUGAGCAGGUACAGGGCGAGGAGCACGACCCCAUUGAGCAGGUGCAAGGGGAGGAGAACGACCCUAUUGAGCAAGGCGAGGAGUACGACCCCAUUGAGCAGGUACAGGGUGAGGAGUACGACCCCAUUGAGCAGGUACAGGGUGAGGAGUACGACCCCAUUGAGCAGGUACAGGGAGAGGAGUAUGACCCCAUUGAGCAGGUACAGGGCGAGGAGCACGACCCCAUUGAGCAGGUGCAAGGGGAGGAGUACGACCCUAUUGAGCAGGUGCAAGGCGAGGAGAACGACCCUAUUGAGCAAGGUGAGGAGUACGACCCUAUUGAGCAGGUACAGGGCAGGGGGUAUGACCCUAUUGAGCAGGUACAGGGCGAGGAGCACGACCCCAUUGCGCAGGGCGAGGAGCACGACCCCAUUGCGCAGGGCGAGGAGCACGACCCCAUUGUGCAGGGCGAGGAGCACGACCCCAUUGCGCAGGGCGAGGAGCACGACCCCAUUGCGCAGGGCGAGGAGCACGACCCCAUUGCGCAGGGCGAGGAGCACGACCCCAUUGCGCAGGGCGAGGAGCACGACCCCAUUGCGCAGGGCGAGGAGCACGACCCCAUUGCGCAGGGCGAGGAGCACGACCCCAUUGCGCAGGGCGAGGCGCACGACCCCAUUGCGCAGGGCGAGGAGCACGACCCCAUUGUGCAGGUGCAGGGCGAGGAGCACGACCCCAUUGUGCAGGGCGAGGAGCACGACCCCAUUGUGCAGGUGCAGGGCGAGGAGCACGACCCCAUUGUGCAGGUGCAGGGCGAGGAGCACGACCCCAUUGUGCAGGUGCAGGGCGAGGAGCACGACCCCAUUGUGCAGGUGCAGGGCGAGGAGCACGACCCCAUUGAGCAGGUGCAGGGCGAGGAGCACGAUACCAUUCAGCAGGUUGAGACGGAGAUACACAGUGAGGAAAAUGUUCCGGUUCAACCUCCAAUACAACCAAGGCCUUACCCUGUGAAGUUUAUUCCGCCUUACGGCAUCCCAGUGCCUGUCACUCCCUUUCCUUUCAAGCUGCUUAGCCCUCGGGUGAUCCCUGUCAACGCGCCCGUGCCGCCUGAGCUCCAAAAGGUCAUGAAUCCCAAGCCUGUUCCUAUGCCCCGGCCGCUACCCAUUAGUCUUGCUGCAGCGGUCCGCGUGUUGUGCAGCGAAAACAAAAUGUACGUGAGGGUAAGGACUGACCUGUACGGAUUAAAGUGUAAAGCAGGCCAGUUGACUCUGGGGACCAGCUGCAGAAGCAAUGGAGUCUCUGGUGGGUAUCUUCUCUUUACAUACGGCCUCAAAGAAUGUGGAAGCCAGGCGUCUGUGGAAGCUGGACAGUUGGUGUACAAGAACGUCCUUAAAUAUGUUCCAUCUGUGCAAAACAGUACAAUUCGGAGAUCUAUGCCAUUCACUGUACCCCUUCAGUGUCGUUACUAUAGGUAUCACCAUGUCUACAGGCACGGUAUUCGUCCGCUUUGGAGGAAUCCAACUCGGUUCAAGAGUCUCAAGACCCCAUACGGCUUUGCCCUAAAAAUAAUUAAUGGUGACUGGGUUCCUGAGCGCAUGAUGAAUACAUUCUACCUUGGACAACCCAUACACUUUCAAGCUACUACAAAUCUUCCUAUUCCUGGGACAAAGCUUUUCAUCCACAGCUGUUAUGCAACCGCAUCUCCAGCUUCAAAUUCAACGCCCAGAUACACAGUGAUUGAGAAUUAUGGGUGCAUGGUGGACAGCAAGUAUGAAACCUGUAGCUCCCAUUUUGUGCCUCCCAGAACCAACAAUACAAUCAAUUUAAUUGUUGAUGCUUUCCAGUUCAACACGCUGUCCCCUCUGGUAAACAAGUACUACAUGCACUGCACAAUGGUGGUAACGAGCAACAGCAUGGUAACGCAGAGUACCAAAUCUUGCCACUAUGAUAAGAACGUGAACAGGUGGGUGGAACUUGAAGGUAACCACAGUGUCUGUUCCUGCUGUGACUCUGUGUGCAUAAAUGAAGAUGUGACUUUGCCCAUCGUUACUAAGAGCACCAUAAGCAGCGAUGCCCUGCUGGUCCUUGAAAAGCAGGGAGGUGACGACGGGGAGAGGAAGACUGGCGCGGCCAUUCUUGAACUGGAGGAGGACUUGCUGUCUUCCGAAGGCGUGUCCAAAGAGGAUCUGGAGGCACUGUCUCCAGAGGACGAUGCCUUUGAGGAGAAUGACUAUAACAGGCUUUUGGAUGUUGAGGCAGAAGGCAAUGACAAUUCUGAUGAUCCUAACCAGCAUUUGGAAGGUACCUAUGAUGCCUCCAAGGUGCCAGAGCACAGUGACACUGAGAACUAUGAGGGGGCUGGGGAGCCUGGUCACUUCGAAGAGGCGGAUGAGUGGAGGGCUCUGUCUGCAGAGGAAGCCGGUGGUAACUGAAGAUGCAGUUCUGUCUAGUUAUUGGAUUAUCAUGACUGCUAAAUAAAGGUGUUGACAUUUUUGUAUA